AUGGCUUAUCCCGGCUAUGGACAACCUCCCCCUCCUGACCAACAAUUCCUUUGGAACAUAUUUCAGAAAGUUGACAAGGAUAGAAGUGGUGCUAUUUCUUCAGAUGAACUACAGCAAGCUCUCUCAAAUGGAACAUGGACUCCAUUUAAUCCUGAGACUGUGCGUCUUAUGAUUGGGAUGUUUGAUCGUGACCAAUCUGGUACGAUCAACUUUCAAGAGUUUGGAGCAUUAUGGAAGUACAUUCAGGAGUGGCAGACAACCUUUCGUAGCUAUGACCGUGACAACUCUGGGUCAAUAGAUCAAUCUGAACUAAAAACAGCUCUAACCAACUUUGGUUAUCGGUUGUCAGACCGGUUUUACGGGUUACUAAUCAGGAAGUUUGAUAGAACUGGUUCAGGAAAUAUUGCAUUUGAUGAUUUCAUUCAAUGCUGCGUUGUAAUACAGACACUAACAAAUUCAUUCAAAGCUUAUGACACAAACAGAAGUGGAUGGAUUCGUAUAUCAUAUGAACAGUUUCUUAUGCUGGUCUUUAGUCUUAAAGCAUAA